AAAAUCUGUAGCCAGCAAGGAGACCAUAAAGAAAUCACCUGUUAUUGCAUCUCACUUAGCCGAAUUCUCUGUGUGUUUCUCUGCACUUGCAUUGCAUCCCGCUAUAAACAAGUCGUCUCGCUUCAAAGGACCAAAGCCUCUCAAAGUCCCAGCUCAAAAGCAAAGAUCCACUCCACUCUUUCUUUCACCAUUUUCGCUUCCAAGGAAAACGAAAUCUUACGAGUGCAGAAUUGAAUGGAUCUAAAUUCUUUCACAAGGAGGCGAUUAUCGCUCUCAAAGUACCCAGAUCACGGCCUCACCCAGCUCUCUCGACUCCAACUCCGGAGAUUUGGAUCCAGUACCAUGACUCUCACCAAGAUCUUGGCAGCCGGUUUGGUUGCUUUGUCUGUAUUAUUCGCUCUCUCCAUGUUGCUACGACACCAGCCGUCUGAUCGGUUAUUGGGGUUCGCUGAAGCUAGGGUUCUCGAAAACAGAGCUCAACCAAAUGUCACAGCUUUCACAUCUUUAGGACUAGGACUGGGCUCAGAAAAUGUUCUUUCACAACCUAAUAACAAGCCCAAUGACAAACUGCUUGGUGGACUUCUUGCUGCUGGAUUUGAUGAAGCUUCUUGCACCAGUAGGUACCAGUCCUCCCUGUAUCGGAAGACUUCAAUCCAUAAGCCUUCUUCAUAUCUCAUUUCCCGACUCAGAAAGUACGAGGAUCUCCAUAAACGCUGUGGACCAAGUACUGAAUCCUACAACAGAGCUCUUCAACAACUAAAGUCUGGCCAAACAAUUGGUUCUCCAGACUGUAACUAUCUUGUGUGGAUAUCUUUUAGUGGCUUGGGUAACAGGAUGCUAGCUUUAGCUUCAACAUUUCUUUAUGCUCUUCUCACAAAUAGAGUUCUGCUUGUUGAUCGAGGUAAGGACAUGGCUGACCUCUUCUGUGAGCCAUUUCCAGAGAAAUCAUGGUUAUUGCCCAUGGACUUCCCUAUCAUUGAUCAAUUCGAAACCUUUGAUCAGAAAUCUUCUCAUUCUUACGGGAAUAUGCUGAAGAAUAAUGUCAUAAAUGCUUCUACAGAAUCCGUCCCGUCUUUUAUAUACCUCCAUCUAGUUCAUGAUUAUGAUGAUCAUGAUAAGCUUUUCUUUUGUCAUGAAGAUCAAUCUCUUCUUGCUAAGGUCCCCUGGUUGAUUAUAAAAACAAACAACUACUUUGUCCCAUCUCUUUUCUUGAUUACACCUUUUGAGCAAGAGCUAAGCAAAUUAUUUCCUGAAAAAGGAACUGUUUUCCAUCACCUGGGGCGGUACCUUUUCCACCCAUCAAAUCAUGUGUGGGGACUAAUCACAAGGUAUUAUCAUACUUACUUAGCUAAGGCAGAUGAGAGCAUUGGCAUUCAAAUAAGAGUUUUCGAUUCAAGACCCGGUCCUUUUAAACAUGUGAUGGAUCAAGUUUUAGCCUGUACUCUGAAGGAGAAACUGUUGCCUGAAGUAGAUAUGCAAGACUCCGUAGUCACAAUUUCUGAAAACCCAAAAUUGAAAGCUGUUUUGGUUACAUCAUUAAAUUCGGGGUACUCUGAGAAUCUGAAGAACAUGUAUUGGGAACACCCAACUUUGACUGGGGAAGUUGUUGGCAUUUACCAGCCAAGUGAUGAGGGGUAUCAACAAAUGGAGAAGCAGAUGCACAACAGGAAGGCAUGGGCAGAAAUGUACCUCCUAAGUUUGACGGAUGCAUUGGUUACAAGUUCAUGGUCAACCUUUGGCUAUGUUGCACAAGGUCUUGGAGGUUUGAAGCCUUGGAUACUUUACAAGCCUGAAAAUGAGACGGCCCCUGAUCCACCUUGUCGCCGGGCAAUGUCAAUGGAGCCGUGUUUUCAUGCUCCUCCCUUUUACGAUUGCAAAGCUAAAAAAGGAACUGAUACUGGCACAAUCGUUCCUCAUGUGAGACAUUGUGAGGAUAUGAGCUGGGGUCUAAAGGUGGUAGAUGGUCAUGAUGAAUUGCGGUAGCCAUUGUUAUUUUCAUUAGUUCGCCAAUUUUGCUUGAAACUUUAGAAGUGAUAUGCAUAAUUAUCUGGGUUGGAGGUCUGCCAUACAGCAUGUAUCUAGGGAAUUGUAGUGCAAUAUUCACAUUCCCUUAAUAAGUUACGAAUGUUGUAAGCUGAAUUUAGCUAUGGAAGGGCUUCAGAAUUGAGAAUCGUAGUGUAUAUGAAACGACCACAACUACCAUGCAUCAUGGAAAGGUGCAGAAGCGGCGUUAUUUUUGCUUUGCAAUCAAGAUUGUUGGCCCAGUACUAGUUUAUAAAAAAAAGGAGUGUUAGAAGUAGAGAAGGGAUUAUUCCUUAUUGAUUUUGAGACAGUUAUGUAAAUGUAGAACUGAACUGGGAAAUGAAAGAACUGUGGCUGGUCACAGUCCAUUUUAGGGUCAGGAGGAUCGGAACUGAAUUAGAACUUUGAUUUUAAUUCUAGUUUUGAUUCGGAUUUGAUUUUGGUUUGGUCUAAAUUUAAUUGAUCAAUUUUCUUUUUCA